AUGCGAGGGGACAAUGAUACUAAUCCUGUGAGCACGCUGUCCGCGAUGGAGGUGGAGGAGGGCGACGCGGACGACGAGCUUCUUUUAGAGCCUGAAGACGCGGCGCUGCUGCCAGCAGAGCUCGGCGGCGUCGACGGCGACGUUGACGUCGAAGAUCUUUCCGAGUCGCAAUCGCAGCGAAGCUGUUUGCGCGAAAGUCCAAGCCCUCUCGAGAGCCCCCAGAAGACUAUUGCUGCUGCUGCUGAUGAUGGCAGUACUUACUCGGCGAGAAGUCCGUCUCUAAGACAGGAAAAGGAGUCCUGCGGCAGUCAAGCUGUGGAGGCGCCUGACGGCCUUAAUAUGGAACCUCGCAGGCUGGACGAUUCCAGUGAGCCGCGUCGUCAGUGCAGCGUGCCCUCGGGAAACCGUCCGUCAGUCACGGCGGAAGUGGCGGAAAUUGGUACCACCACGGUUGCGGCGGCGGGACAGCCACCAAUGUCCCAGCACUACUAUCGCUGUAGUCACUUUCGCCAACCAACCGAGUGUCGCGCGCGGCGAGUGGUCGAUUUCCACAAGCACGACUCCAAGUUCCCGCUUCGAAUCUCCUUCUUCGGCGAGCACAACCAUCCGCCGCCGCUUCACCGCCCGCCGCAACCACUCGCAGCACCGUCGCAGAACCCUUCCCCUUCCGCCGGUGCUGCGCAGCCCGCUUCCGCAGGCGCGACCGCCGCGCAGGCGUCUUCCGCCGGCGCAGCCGGCCCCAGAAGCAGCCGCCACGCCGCGGAUCGCCUCAGGCUCUACCUGCCCGAUGACGUCAUCGGAUCCGCGCUUGCAGGCGGAGUCUCCGCCGCAUCUGCUGGCGGAGGCGGAAGCGGGGCGCAAGCUGCUGCUACUGGGUUUCAGCCUGGAGGCGGAAGCGGCGGGGGAGAGGGGGGAAAUCAGGCGGGGAUUCCCGCAGGCCUCGGGGGAAGGCUGCCUUACAGUCUAGCGGAACUUGAGGUUCUCGCGGCCGUUCUCCGCGAAGCCGCCGCCGCGUCCGCCGCUGCAGGCAAUACAAACGCGCCAGUAGAAGGCUCGAGAGGCAGAGCUGACGCCACCGCCGCCGCUACCAAUGCCGCCACUGCCGCCACCUAUCAACGGGUGCUCGUUAACGAGCGCGCUUGUGCGUCAAGCGUUGUCGGUGGCAACGGUGGCGGCAGCAUCGGCGGUAGCAGCAGGGCGGUCGCAGCAGAGAGGGAACAUCAGCUUCUGGAAUCGCUAGUCAACUUGCUGACGUCACCUGUGGUGUCACCCGGCUCCGGAUCCGCCUCCCUCACCCCCCGCCCCUCGUCUGCUCCCUCCCCUCGGGAUCUCCACUCCCCCAUGCACACCGGCCCUCUGCUCUCCCCCGCAUCUGCCGUCGCUGCGGCGUACCCUCACUGCGCCUCCUACCCCUCGUACCGCUCAUCUGCUGCCUCGUCACCCUCCAGCAUGACGUCAGCCUCUGGGUCAACGCAAUUCUCUCCACAUGCUACAGGGCCUUCAGUUCACACAGGGACACGCUUUGGCGUACCAUCCGCGCUGGGCUCCCCUGGCGUACCAUCCGCCUCCCCUGGCGCUGGUGCGCCUUCCGCCACUGCGGGGCCCUCCGCGCAGAGCCAGCAGCAGCUGACGGCGGCAGCCAUUCUUGCGCACCUGCUGGCCGCGCAGUCGCGCCAGGGCGCCUCCCCGAGAACCCCCAACCCUGUGCAUGAAGCACACGGGGCAGCACCAGCACCAGCACAGCGACCCAUGUGCGAAGCACAAGGGCCGGGACUAGUAGCGCCACGCGCCGCUGUGCGUGAGGCACAAGGGGGAGUGCACAGCCCUCUGUUGGAUUCUCCUGGGGGGCUGCACAGCCCUCUGUUGGAAUCUCCUGGGGGGCUGCACCUGCACCAGCCGCAUGGGGUUCAGCACCAGCAGCAACAGCUUUUGAAUGCGGUUCAGGGCGGUUUGGUCUCCCCUCCCCGGCCCGCCCUUUCGUGCCCGCCUGAGGGCCGACUCCCCGCCCCUCCGCCUCUGUUCAUCCCCCGCCCUGCCUCCUCCCCUGCCGAGUAUUUCUCCCCCUCUGCCGCCAUCUCCUCGCCACGUGGCACGAGCGUCAACUGCCAAGUCAGCACCUGGCCGCCAGGUCAGGAGCAGCAGGGGUCCCAGCCGUGGGCUGCGGGGCAGGGGUUUGGGGGUUCUGGGGCAGGUUUUGAUGGUGGGAUGGGGGAUGCGGAGCUGUGGCAGGGGGAAGGGGAAGGGGUGGAGAUGGAAGAGGGAGCGGUGGGGUGGGGUAUGAUGGAGCAGGACUGUGAUGAUGCAGGGGAGCUGCAGUUGCUGCAACUGCAGGAGCUGCAUCAGCUGCUAAAGAGGCAGGCAGAGCGGAGACAGAAACAGAAACAAGAACAGGAACGGCUACAGCAGCAGCAGCAGAACCAACACCAGCAGCAGCAGCAGCAGCAGCAGUGGAGGCGGCAGCAGUUGCUGCUCCAACACCUGGAAGCGCAGCUGGAUCAGUUCCCGCAGCAGCAGGGGCAGGCAGAGGCACCCGUGACACCAUGCACUGACGACCCUGGGGCAGCCCUCACGCCCUCGUCCUUCACUGCAUCCGCAUCCUCCCCUGCCAUCUCCCCUGCCGGCUUGACCCCUGGAUCAUCCUCGUCUCCUGCUUUAACCCCCUCAUCCCUCACCCCCACUUCCCGGAAUCCCUUGGCUCUCACCCCCUCGGCUCUCACGCCCUCUUCCCGGAACCCCUUGGCUCUCACCCCCUCGUCCCGGAACCCCUCUGCUCUAAACCCGUCGUCGCAGCACUACCGAGAGCCGUCCUUCUCGGAGUUCCUGCGCCUGCCUGACAUGAGCACCAUUCAGGCCAGCCGUGCUGCCCGCCUCUCCGGCCAUGCCCGCAGCAGCAGUGGCGGCUUUGGCGGCCAGCAGCAGCAUCAGCAGCAGCAGCAGCAGCAGCAGCAGCCUAACAGCGGCUUACAGCGUACCCACGGGCGCACGUUGAGUGCGCCACACCCGCAGGCACUGCUACCCGCUCAGCACUUUCCGCCUGCCCUCCGCACACCAGAAGCCACCAGUGGUUCUCUGCGCGUUUCGUCCCCGUUGCUACCAUUGGCUCCCACGGCUGACGACGGGGGGGGGUUUGGAUUUGGAAGCGGGACUUUUCAGCUCUCUGACUCCAGUGUAAUCGGCGCCAGUAUGAGCGCAGAAGCAGCCUUUUCCGAGCUUCAGAGGCAGCUGCAGGAACAGGCUAAAACUGGCAACUUGUUUGCUUUCAGUAAUGGAUCGGCUUCAGCAGCAGCGGGUGGGGUGAGCAGGCAGCAGCACACUGCCACAAAUGUGAGCCCCCUUCUGGUGUCUGAGGAGGAUUACAGAGGGAAGGAGAGGGAAGCUGCUGGGGCUGGGGAGGGUAGUGUGUUUGUGCCGCAACCAGGAGAGCCCCUUGCAGACCAAGGUUUCAAACUACAGUUCUUAACACAAGGGACGGGAACAGCAGCAGGAACAGCAACAGCAGCAGCACUGUCCGGCUUGCUGCAGCAGGGGGAUUUGACGAGGCUCAUUGAGGCGCUAUCGCAUGUGAAGGUGAGUGAUGAGCAGGGGAGCGGGGAACCAUGGGUGAGCUCUGCAGUAAAUCAAACCCGGUCAGCUGAUGCAGGCUUGGGACAUGCCUUCUCGCCAAUGGAUCGACGCAGGGCGAAUGGGGCAGGAUCUAGCUGCUUCUUCAAUAAUCAGACUGGCUCUUACGCUGCAGAUGCUGCAACGGUUGGCGAGGGAAACUUUCGGUUCGCAUCUUCAGACCUGCCGAGUGUCUUUCACCACAGCCCUGAUUCGCUGCAGAAACAGAUACAGGAUGCAAUGGAUGAGCAGGAUUUGGAUGCGGCCAUGCUUGCUGCUGUCACUGCGGGAACCGUAGGAGCAUCUACAGGUGCAGGUUCUGCUGGGGAGAUUACCAUGGGCGAGAACGGGUGUAGUUUUUACGGCAGGGGCCAAGCAGCUUCUCUUUCACAAUCGGGUGGAUUUGGAUGUGAUGUUGGCAGCGGGCAGCAGUAG